CAAACGGCUCCUAGCACCACUCACACAGCAGCUGUUGGAACGUGCAGAGGCAUCUCACAAACGAGGACAAUCCCCAGUCAGUCAUAAUGGUCAAAGUUGGAAUUAAUGGAUUCGGUCGUAUCGGCCGCCUGGUCACACGUGCAGGUUUCAUUUCCAAGAAAGUAGAAAUCGUGGCGAUCAAUGACCCCUUCAUUGACCUGGAGUACAUGGUGUACAUGUUCAAGUAUGAUUCCACCCACGGCCGUUUCCAUGGUGAGGUCAAGGCUGAGGGAGGAAAGCUGGUGAUUGACGGACAUAAAAUUACCGUCUUCAGCGAGAGAGACCCAGCCAACAUCAAGUGGGCUGACGCUGGAGCCCAGUAUGUUGUGGAGUCCACUGGCGUCUUCACCACCAUUGAGAAGGCCUCUGCUCACCUGAAGGGCGGCGCUAAGAGGGUCAUCAUCUCUGCCCCCAGUGCUGAUGCCCCCAUGUUCGUCAUGGGUGUCAACCACGAGAAAUACAAUAACUCCCUCAAGGUUGUCAGCAAUGCCUCCUGCACAACCAACUGCCUGGCUCCCCUUGCCAAGGUCAUCAAUGACAACUUCACAAUCAUUGAGGGUCUGAUGAGCACUGUUCAUGCCAUCACAGCCACUCAGAAGACGGUGGACGGCCCAUCCGGCAAGCUGUGGAGAGAUGGCCGUGGUGCCAGCCAGAACAUCAUCCCCGCCUCCACUGGCGCUGCCAAGGCUGUGGGCAAGGUCAUCCCCGAGCUUAAUGGUAAGCUGACUGGCAUGGCCUUCCGUGUCCCCACCCCCAACGUGUCAGUUGUUGACCUGACUGUCCGUCUGGAGAAACCAGCCAAGUAUGAGGACAUUAAGAAAGUGGUCAAGGCUGCAGCAGAUGGCCCAAUGAAGGGAUUCCUGGGAUACACAGAGCACCAGGUGGUGUCCACAGAUUUCAAUGGCGAUGUCCGCUCCUCCAUCUUUGAUGCCGGCGCUGGCAUUGCCCUCAAUGACCACUUCGUCAAGCUGGUCACGUGGUAUGACAAUGAGUUCGGCUACAGCAACCGCGUCAUUGACCUGAUGUCCCACAUGGCUUCCAAGGAGUAGAGCUGACAUUGCACUUCCUAGAUACUGACUUGCUCUGCCAUCCACCCACCCACCCACCUUGAAUGAAUGGAGAUUCCUGCCUGAGGCAGUCUGCUUGGGCUGUUGGGGAGGUGGGGAGGGAGAGGCAGCAUGCCUAGUCUGGUGACCAACUAAGUUUUUGUAUGGAUAAAGCCCUGUUCUGUUCUUGUGUGAGGUUCUCAUGUCUGUCGCAUGGGUGAUGUGCUGCAGACUGGGAGAGCAAAAUAAAAGUCCUCUGUUUGUGAGAAUUAA